AUGAACAGGAAGGUUAAAGACGGCUGCAGUGAACAACAGGAACAGGAGCAGGAGCGGGAGCGGGCGAACGAGCCGGAGAUCGGGCAGGAGAGGGAUGGAGCGGAGACCGGGGAGGGGAAACCGGCACUAAGGCGGGCAAACGAACAGGCGAGGGCGGACUGGCAGCAGGGGAGCGGGGCCCAAAGAGCUGAGAGGGCAGAAUGGACUCUGCUUCAGGGGAAAGUGGGAAGCUUGGAAGAUGGUUUCCGGUUCUCUCUUGAAUAUAAAGGAAACAGCCGGAAGAACUGGGAGCUAACGGCUUUGGACUCAGUUACCCUGAAGAACUGCCAUGAAGGUCCUUUGACAGGCUCCAGGACAACGCUUGAGGGAACGUUCAGUUGCUGGAAUGGGGUAGCUAUUAAACUGAGGCAGCUCUGCGAUUUCACUGAGGACUGCAGCAAGGCAGAAGAUGAAGGAUCAGUGUGUAGUAACCUUCCAGCUGGCUCACACUGUUCGUUCGAAGAAGAUGAUUGUGGGUGGUUUUCAGUGACAUCCGAGAUGUAUGAACCAACGUGGACAGUGAAAGACGCACGAUCUUCCAGUGAAGAACCAGGGAGAAAAUCAUGUUAUUCCGAAGGCCAUUUUCUGUUCCUCGACACCAAAGAGAUUCAGACAACUGAUUUCAAUGAGUUGAGAAGUAUGAUUUUUCCAUCUCCCAUUAGGAAUUCUCCCUGUGAGGGAGUGUGCUUGUGGGAUAUUCAUCAAGAACUUAGGACAUUCCUUAGGAAGUACUGCUCAAACCAGAAAGAUUUGAGGUAA